AUGGCGACGGCAAGAAAAGGGAGAGAGCUUUUUACUAUUUUGGAAACUAGCGCGGACACCGAAAGUGCCACGGAGUGCGACAGCCAAGAGACUCCGCUUAAUCUUUCGGCCGACGUGAAGUGGUUUGAAAUUCCCUUCAGAAAGCCGGACUCGGACGAGGAAGACGAGGCGCGGGAGGAGGAGGAGGAGGAGGAGGAGGUCGGCGAGGGGGAGAAUGGCUUCGGGAGCUCGGCUGCGGACGCGGCCGGCUUCCUCGCGGGAGGAGGCUGCAACAUAAUUCUGGUGACCGGCAGCAACGGGCUCAAGCACGACGAGGAGGACCACGCCGAGGACUGUUAUUAUUCUACCUCCACCAACUGCUCCGACACAGCCUCCAACGACUCGGAUAUCGAUUUCUCCGAUUUGGAGGAGGAGGAGGAGCGCAGGAGUUUUUUCGGCUUCGGAGAGGAUCUGGACGAGGACUGCACUUCUCCCGACUUCUGGGGCGAGCCCGACCAGGUGAUCUCCAUCGAGCCUUUCUCCGCCGUCAGUGGCCCUCAGUACUCGCUGGGGGACGAUGCUGACACCCGCGACUAUUUCCGGAUACUCUUCCCAGAUUCUCUUUUUGAACACAUGGUAGAACAAACAAACAAUUACGCCCUCUAUCGGCAAAGGAGGAGCGGAAAAUCCGACCCCCACUGGCACCCCACGGAUGUCAGGGAGAUGAAAGCCUACGUGGGCCUGAACAUUCUCAUGGGCAUCAACCAGCUGCCAGACACGGGCAUGUACUGGGCCAGUGACAUUUUCAUAGGCAACGCCGGCUUUAAGAAAACAAUGACGGCCCGGCGCUUUGAGAAACUCACCCAGUACCUCCAGCUGUGCGACCGCGAGUCGGAGCCCGUGCGCGGGGAGCGCGGAUACGACGGCCUAUUUAAGAUUAGGCCUCUCCUUGAUGUGGUGGAGAACACUAUGUGGGACGCGUACACGCCCAACCGCUGUCUAACCAUAGAUAAGUGUGCCAUUGUCACUAAGGGACGUUACUCUCCCACCCAGUACAUGCCCUCCAAGCCCCUCAGGAAGGGGCUGACCAUGUGGAUGCUGUGUGACUCCCGCUCGGGCUACUGCCACCGGGCCAAGAUCUACGUGGGCAAGCCCAGCGAGGAGGAGGCCGCCGCCUCCUUAGGCUACAGGGUGGUGACCUCAAUGGUGCGCGGCCUGGAGGGUCAGUACCACCACCUGUUCAUGGACAGCUUCUUCACGUCGGUGCCUCUGCUGCAGAGGCUGCUGAGGGACGGGCUGUACGCGUGCGGGCCCACUCAGCCCGGCCGCAAGGGCUACCCGGAGGUCCUCCGCCCUCGCAACGUCGGGAAACUGUGCCAAGGCGAGUUCUACCAGUGCCAGCGCGGCAACGUGGUCGCCACCGUGACGCGGGAUGUCAAGAUGGUCAGCUGCCUGUCCACCAACUGCGCGCCGGGGAUCGUGGGCAUCAGCCCGGGGCGGCAGCAGCCGGACGCGGACGGGGAGGGCGAGAGCGACCACGCCGACAACCCGGGCCUGGCGUUCGGCGUGCCGCGGCCGCUGCCCCUGCUGCUGUACCAGGAGAACAUGAGGGGCGUGGACCUGUGCGACCAGCUGCGGGAGUGCUACCAGGUGGGCAGGCCGUGCAAGAAGUGGUGGCGCUACUUCCUGUGGUUCUACGUCAACCUGUGCAUCGUCAACGCCUACGUGAUCCUGAGGGAGAGCCGGGGGGGCGCUCCGCCCGCGGGCUUCAACGGCAAGCACUUCACCCAGCGCCACUUCCGCGUGCGCCUGGCUCAGCAGCUGAUCGGAGACUACCAGGGCGCGCGGGGCAUGGAGCGGGCGGCGCGCAAAAGACACGCGGACUCCCCCAUCGAGUACGGACAUCGCCUGGAGCGCAUGUCGGAGCGCUCCCGCCGCUGCAGGAACUGCACCAACAAGGGGCUGCGCCACGAGAGCGUGUUCGGCUGCAAGAUAUGCAAUGUCCACCUAUGCAGGGGCGGGUGCUUCUCUGAGUUUCAUAAAUAA